AAAGAAUUAAUUCCAUGGGAUAGAAGUAUAGAUAUAUAUUAUAAAUUAUUAAGCACAUAUGCACCAGUUGAAAAACAACAAAAAAGUGAUGUAAACAUUAUGUCAUGUUAUUUUUCAAGCGAUAUUGUGGUACUUAGAGAAAUCGUUAAAAAGAUACUUUCUUCAAUAAGACCCGAUUGUUUCAAAGUUACAAAUGUAUUUCCAAAGACGAAUCAGUUCCUAAAUUUUAAAAACAAUAAAAGCUUUGACCUUGAUUCAGCUUUCAGGUAUAGACUUGAUGCAAUGGGUAAAAAUAUUAUUGAUGACUGUGAUCAAGCAAUUUUAGUAAUUGACCAUUUAUCAAGAAUCUACGAUAGUCAUAUAUUCUCUAAAAAUUCUUUACCCACUUUCAAAUCAUUAGAAACAUUGGUUACAAAGUAUGGUUACAAGAUAAGCCAUCGUCGUUUCAUUGCGACUGAAUGGUAUGCAUUUUUACAGCAAUUUAAAAAAGAAUGUGGUGGUUCAAAAGAUUUUAGAUUAGAUGGUGAAGAAGUGUCAAAGAAUAACUCGCCAGAUCUUAUAGGGUUGUUUUCUUUUAUUCAUGGUGUCCAUACUAAUCAAAGUGAAGAAGAAAUCAAAAUUUCUAAUAUUUUUUCAAUUUUCCCAUUUUUAGAUUUAGAACAAGAUAAUGUAUUACCAAUAUAUACACGAUCUCGGCCAAAUACAAAAUCAAUUGAAACACCAUCGUCAUUAAAUAAAGAAACAACAGAAAUAACCACAUCAACACCAUCUUAUAUUAGAAUAAAGGAUAUAAUGCAAAUAACCACUACCAAUGCAACUGCAACACCAAUACCAACUCAAAAGGCAACAAAAGUACAAGAUAAAAAUAUUGAAUCAAUACCUAUUACUACCCCGCAAUUAGAUAAAAAAAGAAAAGCUAUCGAACCAACACCCAGAAUCAGUACAAGGAAAACGAAUAGUCUUCAACAUGUUAGAGUUAACAGUUUAUCUUUAAAAACAAACAACGAUGCUAUUGAAAUUGACGAUGAGAAAACAGACAUUAUAAUUUCGGAUAAAAUUAAAAAUAUUUUUACAAGUAUUGACAAAAGUGUUUCAAAUGCAUCUGAUGUUAAAUCUUUAUUUAAUAUGCUCCAAAAAAAAAUAUACGACAGUCAAUCGUUAUAUUCAUUGCUUUUAAAGAACAAAUCCCGAGACUCUGUCAUCCUAACCAAUGAAACCCUCGAAUUAGCAGAAGCCAUUGACUAUGAUGAAAUACAUUUAGAACUACUCACAGAUGAAGUUUAUAAUAUGGCAUCAGUAUUUUUAAUUAGCAAAAACAAAAAUAUAAUUGUUCCAACUAUAGUUGAUACAGAUAAACUAGGAUUUCUAUGGAUCCCAAUUGUCGAUGGCAAAGUUUCAACAUCUCUUUAUAUAGUACCAAACGAAACCAUCCUUGAUACAUCAAAGGUUAAAGCAAUCACAAAAUUUAUUCAAAUGAUAAUUUCUCUUGCCGAUAUUGUCUCCUUUUUAAAAAAUCAAAGAAUAGAACUACCCCUUUUUAAAAGUGUAUGCUCUGAUUUAUCAAUGGAACUAGACACUAUAAUUUUAAGAAUUGAAGAUCUUGAAAAUCAAAUAGAACAACAAAUUCAUAAAUAUCACUCAUUUAGAUCUAGAAUGGCAAAUACUGAGUCUUUAAACGAGCAAUCAGUUGCUUUAAUAACAAGCGAAAAAGAAAAAAUCAAUCAAAUUAGAAGCUUUGUAGACUCCCAUCAUUAUAUUAAUUUUUCAAGGUCUCAAGAUCCAUGCCUAUCAUUGGUAGACACUAGAUUAUCAACAUUGGUCUUAGAAUAUAACCCAAGCACGAUCCAACAUAUAGCUGGUUUUUUUGAUUUAUGUAGUUUAAUGGUUUCAAAAACAGAUAUUUCAGGGUUCAAUUUACAAAUAGCCUCAAUCAUGUCAUCAUUCUUACCAACCAACAUUAAAAAUCUUUCAUUUGAAAGAGAGACUGCAUUAAAGGAAAAACUUGCAAUGACAUUUUCAAACAGUACUGUUCUAAAUGAAACCUUUAGGAUUCAAAACGUAAAAAGUGUUAAAAGAUAUUUAACAAUUUCUGUAACUAAUAAAACCUUCAAUGCAUGCAGAAUUUUUGCCUUUAGUGAUGUCAAAAAGGGAUUCUCAAUUUCAAAUUUGAGAAAUAUAUUCAAAGAGAACACAAAGUCAUAUUCUAGAUAUAUCGAGUAUUUCAAUGGAACCCACGAAAUAUUUGCUUUUUUUGCCGCACCAUGUAUCUUUAAAAUUACCAACAUCCAGUAUUCAGCACCAGAAAUAGUCUCUGACAGAUUGUUAAGUAGAAAGAUCAAAUCAUUCACAUUUAGAAAUCUUUCCCCAAUCUUAGUUGAUAUUAAAGUAGGUCAAGAAAUUAUAACAUCCGUUAAACCCGAUACCACUCAAAACGUUCAAAUUGAAUCAAAUGAAUUUGAAUUUACUGUUUCAUGUAUGAAAUUUAGCUUUGGUACAACAAUCAUCUCAAAAAAUAGAUUAAACCUUUUGACCGAUAAAGAAACUGAAAUUAAUAAUCGUAAAAAUAUUUUAUUGGAUAAGAUUAACAAAUGCGAAGAAUUAAAAAAGAAAUUUAUUAAAGAAUUAGAUAAA